AUGUCUCAGGAGAAUAAAGGUCACCACCUCCACUACCAACACCCUUCUUUAGAAGAGAGCCCUUCGUUCGAUAAUGGCGACGACUUGUUGGAAGACGAGCAGGAUAGAACUUUUAAUCUUCCGCGGGGUCAUGUCCCACAAGCGUAUCUUGAUUUUUCGAAUACGGAUGUGGCGAGCAUGGAUCAACAUCUUCCAUCGAGCAAUAUAGGAUAUAAACUUCUUAUGAAGAUGGGGUGGCAGGCUGGUCAGGGACUGGGAAAGUCUCAGCAAGGUCGGAGAGAUCCGAUAAAGAUAGAAACGAAAUCUGAUAGUUUGGGUGUUGGCAAGCAAGAAGAAGAAGAUUAUUACCAUGUGACUACUACUGCCAAACGCAAAGCUUUAGAUAGCGAGAAGAUUGCCGAGGAAACCGAGGUGGAACGUAUGAAGCGAGAGAACAAAGUCAUGAAGCAGGAAUCGAUUAAAAAAGAGUUAGAAACUAUCAAUUCAGCAUUCUAUUGCUCUUUAUGCGAUAAACAAUACACGAAAAUAUCUGAAUAUGAGACACACUUAAGCUCAUACGAUCAUAAUCAUCGAAAGCGUUUCAAAGAUAUGAAAGAUCUAAGUCGUUCCAGUAGAAUGGAUAAGAAACGUGAAAAAGAACGAAAGCGAGAGGAAAAAGAACUUGCCAGAAUUCAACAAGCAGCUCUACAAAAGGCAGGAAACAAACAAGCAGCAAGUAGUAGUGGAUCAAAAACCAUAGAGACGACAAGCUCCAAAGUCGAUUUUACUACGAAAGUGUCAAGUGAACAUAUUGGAAAAUCUUCUGCUGACGAUGGUGGCGGAUGGAGCUCUUCGUUUAACACUGCAAGCUGGACAACUGUUUCAUCUGCUUUUGUUCCGAAAGUCAAGAAUGAUGAAAAAGGUUCAGGUUUUUCAAAAGGCGGUGGUGGCUGGACCACGAGCGCAUCAUCAACAAAUGACUCCACCACCGGUAUUGGAGGAAUCAAUAAUAGCUUAGCUUCUUCACGAAUAACCGAUGGAAACAGUUCGAGUAUUCCUUUCAACUCGGUUAUUGGAAAUGGCGGCCGGAAGUUAGAAUUAUUGUCAAAAUCCAUAACCUUUAAUAAAAGUAAAGGAUAUGCUUCGACCUCGAUUAGUGGAAAGGGUAGUACACAAAGUUCGGGCGGAUGGUUGUCUGUACCAACUUCAGAGAUUGCCCAAGUGGAAAAUAAAAAUGCUGCAGAAAAAAAAUCCACCGAAAAAUUUACACCGAUAUCAUCAUCUUCUUCUUCGACUACAUCAUUCUCAUUUUUAAACUCCUCGAGAGCGAGUUCAUCUUCUGUUAAACAACAAAAAGUUCAAGAAACUGGCGAUUCUAAGACUUCGCAGAACACAAAACAAUCUGCAUUCAAAUUUGGAUUUAACAAAAAAUAA